GCUCGAGACAGCACCCUACCAAGCUGGAGCUGUCAAUAAUCAGCCCUGUGUAGCACGCUGUCUGUGAUCCCCCCCGCCAUGACACGUUUUGGAUGAUUCCCGCAGAGAUAAUGAGCGUUACCGGAAUGAACCAUAGUGGGGGUUCAGGGGAGCCCCCUAUCUCUCCGAGCGGCAGGAAGCGGCUGAGUGUAGGAGAGUUACGGUUGUACUUUGAAGCUCGCUGCUCUGCAGAGCGGGACGGCCACAAGGAGCCGAGACGGAGGAGAAGGAUGGGCAGCGGGAGCUGGCACCGGAGCAACGGGGAAGUUACUGAAGAGCUGAGAAGAGGGAGCUGGCAGAGCCACGUUAUACCCCAGCUGAUGGUGACCAGCUCCGAGGAGCCGCCCCCAAGCCCGGUGCUGAUGGAUCUACCUGCAUGGGACGGCAGGAGGACCGAGGGUUUGCUGAAACUGGCCGACCGGAGGCUGUCUGUGUCCAGCACGUCCCUGUCCUCCACUGGGUCAUCUUCUGCCCUGGAGGACUCCGAGGAUGACCUGCUCAGCGAUUCUGAGAGCAAGAGCCAGGGCAACGUGGACCUGGAGCACAGCGAGGAGCAGAACUUGAAUAAAUCAUGGCAAAAGCUUCGAACCAUUGUGAACAUUCCCGUUAUCAGCCCUUUCAAAAGACGCUGGGUACAGCUUGCUGGCCAUAAUGGGAGCUUCAAAGCGGCAGCGUGGGGAACCAUUUUAAAACGCUACUCUGAAAAUGAGAAGAAUUGCUUUGAGCUGCUGAUGAAUGACGUUCUGGCCUCCUGCGUUCCCACCUACCACGGAGUGACGGAGAGAGAUGAAGAAAGUUACAUUCAGUUAGAUGACCUUCUGAACAACUUUGAUGAGCCAUGUGUUAUGGACUGUAAAAUGGGGGUCAGGACAUAUCUAGAAGAGGAGUUGACAAAAGCUCGUGGAAAGCCAAAGCUAAGAAAGGAUAUGUAUAAGAAAAUGAUUGAAGUGGAUUCUCAUGCCCCCACAGAAGAGGAAAAAGCCCAGCAAGGUGUUACCAAACCCAGAUACAUGCAGUGGAGAGAGACUAUCAGCUCAACGUCCACCUUGGGCUUUCGGAUUGAAGGAAUAAAGAAAGGUGAUGGAACAUGCAACACAAACUUCAAGACAACAAAAUCAAGAGACCAGCUUCAAAAAGCUUUUCUUGAGUUUAUUGACGGCAACAAAGUUAUACUGCUUAAAUAUUUGAACCGACUGCAGGAGAUCAGAGAAGUGGUAGAGUCUUCAGAUUUCUUCAAGCACCAUGAGGUGAUUGGAAGCUCUUUGCUGUUUGUACAUGACAAGAAAGGAAAGUGUAACGUAUGGCUUAUUGAUUUUGGAAAAACAACACUCCUGCCUGAAGAGCAAACCCUAAAUCAUCGUAUAACCUGGCAAGAAGGAAACCGGGAAGAUGGAUAUCUUUAUGGAUUUGACAAUUUAAUUGAUAUUUUGUCGAGCCUCGCCUCCUGAUUAAGAGAAAGCAACUAAGCACCCAAUCACUACAUUAGGAUUUUAAUGACGUUUUGCUGUUUACUGGGAUGGAUUUUAUCUCUGGAGAGUGAUAUACAGAUGUUUUUAACUUGGGGAAAAACAAUGCUUACAAUACAUAGCUUCUCCCUACACUCUUUUUACUGCAGAUUAAUGGACAUGUUUUAUACCCAAUGACUCCUGGAUCCUCUCUUCAAGAUAAUUUGCACCAAGACUAAAAUUAACUAUUUCUAUGAUGAAACACAUUUUUAAUUAUGGGAUUUUUCCAAUGUUGCCUUUACUUAACUUAGAUAAUUUAUAGUUUUACUAGUAUAUUACCUUGCAGUCAAGAUUACUACUUUAAUACUGUUCAGAGUGUAUUUUUAUCAAUUUUACUACUAGAGGUCCUACUCUGCAUGUGUGCUUAAUUUUCUGGCUGGGAGCAUUAGUGUUUUAUCCUGUCAGAUGAGCCUGUUUGUUAACCCUGGUACAUUUUUAAGCUGUAUGU